AAUCAUUUAUAAUUACAAUAAUAAGACAUUAUUCACCAUUUGCAUUCUCCUCCACUUUCCUCCCUUUUUCCUUCCUUUUCUCCACUCCUCCAUUUUCCUCACUUCUCACUCCACACUACACUUCAUAAAGAACGUCUUCCUUUUUCUUCAAAUUUCUCCCAUUUUUCUUAUUUUCUCUGUUUUAUUUGUUCUGUUUUUAUCUGUUUUUUGUUUGCUCUGUUUGUGCAAUGUAGCAAUAACCCUUUAAUCAAAAUCAACAAAAAUGGCGGAAUGUCAUCCUCCAACAAAUGACGUCGGAUCACUGAUCUUAAACCCAUCAUCUUCACAUCAUCAUCAUCAUCAUCAUCACCAUUGUCGAAUUUGGAGUUCCUUUUCUUUCCGUAAAUUAAUCGCCUCUGUCAGUUGCGGUGGUUCUUCUAUUUCCACCAAGAAUAAAAACCCUGAUUCCUCUAAAACCGACAUCAAAAAACCCGAACCAGUCCCAAAUCCCAAAACCACAAAUGGGUUAACCCGACCUAAAUCCGAGAAAUUAGGGAAUAUCUUGAACCUACCUCCUUAUUCAUUUUCUUCAGGGAGGAAAGAAAAUGUAGAGGAAGAGAAAGAUCUAGAAGAGAGGAGGAGAAAAGAGGUGAGAUUAGAGGAGUUAAGAAGAGCGGUGAAGUUAUUGGAAAGUGAGAAAAAUGGGGAGGAGAGAGAGAAUGGCGCGAAAAAAGUGAGAAGUUUAGCGAAGGAAGACGGUGAAGCAAGGUCUACUUUGGCUAUGCUUGGUGCUAUUCCUCCUUUAGUUGCUUUACUUGAUCAUCAUCAUGAUGAUCAUGAUGAAUGUCUAAUUGAAGCUCUUUAUGCUCUUCUUAAUUUGGGUAUUGGCAAUGAUUUGAACAAAGCAGCAAUAGUUCAAGCAGGAGCAGUUCAUAAGAUACUAAAGAAGAUCGAAUCCUCAAACGGGUCUCUAAAACAGUGCAUUUCUGAGGCCAUCGUUGCAAAUUUCCUCUCAUUGAGUGCGUUAGAUUCUAACAAGCCGAUCAUUGGAACUUCUGGUGCCAUCGUUUUUCUAGUUAGCGUCCUUGAAGACCCGGAAAAGACAACCAGCUCACAAGCAAAGCAAGACUCGCUAAAAGCGCUUUACAAUCUCUCGAUAACACCCACCAACAUUUCCUUUAUUCUCGAGACCAAUGUGAUCGGGUACCUUAUUAGUAUGUUGGGCGAUAUGGAAAUGAGCGAGCGAAUCCUCUCAAUUUUAAGCAAUGUAGUAUCAACCUCAGAAGGCAGGAGAGCAAUCAGCAGUGUCUCGGAUGCUCUCCCUGUUUUGAUGGAUGUUUUGAAUUGGACGGACUCGCCUAGGUGCCAAGAAAAAGCAGCUUAUUUACUAAUGGUGAUGGCUCACAAAUCUUACAAUGAUAGGCAAGCCAUGAUAGACCUUGGCAUUGGAUCGACAUUGCUCGAAUUAACUCUUCUCGGUAGUACAUUAGCACAGAAAAGGGCAUCGAGAAUAUUGGAAUGUUUAAGGAUGGACAAGGGGAAGCAAAUCUCUCGGAGCUUUGUUAAUGGUAAAACUACCGUGGCUGUUUCUGCUCCUAUAUGCGGCUCUUCCUCGUCUACUACCCACAAUCUUAACAAGGACGAGGAAGAUAUCAUGUUGAGCGAAGAGAGAAAGGCGGUCAAGCAAUUAGUUCAACAAAGUUUGCAAAACAAUAUGAAAAGAAUCGUCAAGCGGGCUAAUUUGCCCCAAGAUUUUGUUCCUUCGGAGCAUCUCAAGUCGCUCACGGCAAGCUCAACAUCGAAAAGUUUGCCCUUUUGACAAUACCCAUCGCGAUCGAUCAAUUGAAGAUAUCCAUGUCAAGAAAAGCAAUCUCAAACAAAUGCCUAAAGCGUUAUGUUAGAUAUGUUAUACACACUAUCAGUUCUCCAUCAAUAAUCUUGUAAUGGUGGCGUUCCUAUACAUAUUGAUAUUACAUGUUCAUAUAAGACCGUCAUGUUUUGUAUCUAUGUUUCUGAUAGAACAUAUAACAUAUUAUGAGACUUUAUAUAGUACUGAAGUACUAUACCGUUUUAGUAUGAUUUAAUAUUUGCAUUGUUUAGAGCUUGCAAGAUCCUUGUAUAGUAUUGUCCUUAUCAUUUAUUUAUGAAUGACUAAAAGAAUAUAAUUAAUAGAGAAUUAAUCCUUCA